GAAGACAAUGAAAGACGCACCACUUCCGUAAACUAGAGCCGCUUCUUACCCGGUGAGCCGUGUGGGUUCCUGGUGGCUUUGUUGUGUUGGUGAUGGAUCGCAGAGGAUCACCCGAGCGAGGUGGCAGAGAGAAGAAACUCGAUAAGAAGAAAAAACGAAGGAGAUCCUCUUCUUCUUCUUCCUCAUCGUCGUCUUCCUCAUCCAGCAGUAGGAGUCGAAGCAGAUCGUCAAAGAAAACACCCAACAAAAGUCAAGAUGUGAAAACACAAAGAAAGAAGCGACGAAGAAGCUCCUCUUCCUCUUCCUCAUCGUCUUCUUCGUCCAGUGACGAAAAGACAAAGAAGAAGAAAAGUAAAGCCAAGAAAAAGAAGUCGAAGAAGCAGAAAGCAAAGCUGAAGAAACUGAAGAAAAAGGAGAAAAGGGAGAAAAAGAAGAAAGAGAAGCUGAGGAAGAAGGAGGAGAAGAAGAAAGCGGAGGUGCUGGUGCUGCUGCCCAGUCCUCCAGUAGAGAAGCCGCCAUCUUUCCUGGAGGUGUGGCAGAGUGAUGAGGGGGCCGUGGAGCUCGGACCUGUGAUGACCGAUGAGCAGAAGGCCCGACUCGCCACCAAGAGGCCCAUCACCAAGGAGGAGUACGAGGCCAGACAGAGUGUGAUCCGCAGGGUGGUGGACCCAGAAACGGGACGCACCAGAUUGGUGAGAGGAGAAGGAGAGAUCAUAGAGGAGAUCGUCAGCCGAGAGAAACACAAAGAUAUCAACAAGCAGGCCACCAAGGGAGACGGGAAGGAGUUCCAGAGGAAACUGGGAGUGAACCGGUAGAAGAGCAUCUACUGCUGGAGUCCAGCUUCAAUGAGAUGAAUGUUUCCUGCCAGGUGAAAGACGGCAUCUUACUGACUUGCCUUAUUAAAUCUAUGCUGCAGUUAGAGAGGGACUUUUUGGUCUACUGAGCUGUGCUAAAGGAACACAAGGACAGUGUCCAAAAGGAUUUUAAAUUGUAUUUUUCAAAGUAGUUUUCUGUACGUGCUUCUCAGAUGAUGUGAUACUGUUUUUGGGGGAACUCAUUCCUAAAAAAUAAACUUGUCAACUGCAAUGAAUU